AUGUAUCAAAGUCGAAUGUACCGUUAUAACGAGUACAGAGUAACGGACGAUGGUCUACAAGUUUGUUAUGCCCCUGACCCUUUCAUUCAACAAAAAUGGCAGAAUUUCAUUGCUCGGGAAAAGAAAAUGACGGUUUUCACACAUUGUAAUGUAUCCGUGGACGGUUUUUACUUUGAGCAUUACACAUUAUUCAAAAACUUUACUGUUUUCUUUCAUCCUACUGAGCAACAUUUCACAAGGCAAGAUUACGGAGUGAUUUUUGGACAUUUUGCAAUUUGUUCGGCAAAACUUAGUCUGUCCUGCAAUGAUGAUUUGGUUAAAAUCAAAUACGGUUAUCAAUACAAUGUAUUGCAAAACUUUUCGCUGUUUUACAACAACAAGAUGUACGAUUAUCGCGAAUACCGAUUGGGAAACGAGGGUCUUGAAAUAUGUUCUUCCAAUGAUUCAAGAGUUCAGGCUAUUUGGAAAACUCGAAAUUCGUGGGAGAAGUUUAAAGACAAGUAUACAUGCUAUGCCCAUAUAUUUGCUGAUAAAUUAUAUGAAUUCUAUACUGUGACCAAGCAGUUCACUGUCUAUUCGGCAAAAAACGGUCAAUAUCUCAAAAGGAAUGACUAUGCGGUAAUAGACGGUAGACCUAAUAUAUGCAAAGAAAAGUUAAGAUCCACAUCAUCAGAGUAUACACAGGAAGAUCUAUUAAUGUGCAACGAUUCGAUCAUCAACAUAAAAUACGAUGAUGAAUACAAAGUUCGGACUGACUUUUCAAUACUUUAUAAGAACAAGGUGUACGAUUAUACUGAGUAUCGAGUUCUGAAUGAUAGCAUAAAGAUUUGUAACUCCACUGAUAACUACGUGAGAAAAAUUUGGAAAGUACGCAAUAAAUUGGUAAAGGCGUCAAUGUUUUAUAAAAGUCGCAAUCUACCAAUAGACGUCCAUAUGAUCCGCCAAACGUUUUAUACUGUUCGUAAGGAUUUUAGCGUUCUCAUUUUGCCAACAGAUCAGGUGAUAGCAAAGUACGAUUAUGGUGUGUUUAAUAAAGGUAAAUUUAUAAUAUGUAAAGAAAAAUUUAUAAAGUUUUAUUACGCAUACCAUAGCCCAGCUGGAAUAGCAUCAUUAUGCGCUUUAGCGCUUUCUAUAAUUUGUUUGCUAUUGUUGUUGAUAGUUUAUUGCAUGUUUCCUGAACUGCGCACUCUUCCUAGUUUGAAUUUAAUGAGUUUAGGUUUCGCCGUUUUGUUGUUACAGACUUACAUUGCAGUACAUGUUUCGCUGUAUGAACGUAUAGGUCAAGUGUUCAAGAUACCAUGUGCCAGGAUAGCAAUAACACAGAGGUUUAUUUUGUAUAGCAUACUUAUGAACGCUGCUGUUAAUAUCUUUCACUUAAGAAAAACGUUUUGUAGCAAUACUCUAGUGAAAUCUGAUGAAAACAAGUGGAAAACGUUCUUGAAGUAUAGUGUCUUUAGCUGGGGUGUUCCUGUCAUCAUAACUAUUGUUUACAUUGUGCUUGUGAAGAAACAUGUUUUAAGAUUUCAUCUAGAUAUUACUAGAUGUGUCAUGGCCAUGGGUAAUGAACGUCCUCUUUGGUUAGCUGUCAUGGAACAAUAUGGUCUUCCGGGUUGUUUUGCCUUGUACAUUUGUGUAACGUUUUCCUUCACUGCUUAUCGAAUUCGCCAAAAACUGAAAGCAAGCAGUAGCAUUGCACAGAAAUCAAAUAUUGUUAAGAAACGCAAUAGCUUUGUCCUAUUGCUUAAGUUGGCAACCACUACAGCCAUAAGCCUGUCUCUUCUUUUAUUUGCAAACAUGCGUUUUGAUCAUGACAUGAAGAUGACUGGUGUCUACAUAG